GAUGGCUAUGGAUCUAUCCGCCAUUUUCUAAAGUGAGAUAGAACAAACUGUUUUUCCUAAUUUUUGGUUAAUUUGAUAGACAAUUUACGUUUUUUUUACUCGCAGAGUGCGAAACAACUGUUUUCUUAUGUUAAAGAUUGCGAUUUGUAAACGCUUACAUUGAAAAAGUGUGUUUUUUUAGCCGAUGAAGAUACGCAUCUUUCAAGAAAGACGUUGUGUGAAACGAGAAGGUUUAAUAUUCGAUAAGACUUGCGCCUCUCGUAGGCCACAACCGCUUCGAUGAUGUUCGAUCCAAAUACCAUAACGACUCAACAGUCGCAGAUCCAGUACCAGCAACCCCAGCAAAAUGAAAAGGACAAGACGCAGGAACAGAAAGACACGUUCUCCCCUUUCUGUUACGCCAACGUUAACAUGAUACACAAAAUCACUCCAAACACCACUCAAACCCAUAACUCCACCGUCAACAUGUCCCAGCUUACCGACGAUAAAUGCUACAUAACUCAGCCGUUCAGCUACAAUUACACUUUGGUCAAUCAGAACCUGUUGACUCAAAACGCCAUAUCCAACAUUACGUUCAAGUGCGAGGUCUGCGGGCUGAUGUUCGCCCAUCUGUCUCUGCUGAACCACCACAAGAAAGUGCAUCACGGUCAGGGCGAUCAAGGGCAGGCGCAACAGCAGCAAAUAACCGUGCAGGUGCAACAACCACAACAACAGCCGACGCAAAUUCAAAUUGUGUCAGCGGAUCGCAUUCGUUUUUCCUGCGAGGAAUGCGGACUGACUUUCAACACCCAAAACGAUCUAAAGACACAUAAGAUUCAGUCGCAUCAGCCUCAGCAACAACAGCAGCAGCAACAGCAACAGGUCCAGACCCAGCAGCCGCAGCAGCAGCAGAACACGUUGAAAAUAAAGAACUGCGAGUCGUGCGGAGCACCGUUGCCGCAAGACAACAACAAGAAACGGGCCGUGAUGAAGGUCAAAUGUGAGAGUUGUUUGAGCGCAGAAGCGAUCCAACCCCAAAUUUUCGUCGUGGCCACUGCUCCCGACACUUCCGUGAAGUUCGAAGAAAGCACCGGCACACAAACGCAAGCGCUAGGAACACAGAACUCUAUUCCGAUCGGUGUGAAAAACAACCACCCGGUGAAGAGAAGGGGAAUAGCAAGCGUAACUAAGUGCACUAAAUGUAACGGGAGCGGCAUCAUCUUCAUAGGCGGCGCGAAAAAUCAGCAGAACAACGUCGACAAGCCCUUCCACUGCAACAUUUGUAACGGUUCGUUCAGUAGGUACUCGUCGCUCUGGUCCCACAAACGCCUCCACACGGGAGAGAAGAACUUCAAGUGUAACAUCUGCGGCCUGGCCUUUGCCAAGGCGGCCUACCUGAAGAACCACUCUCGAAUCCACACCGGUGAGAAGCCUUACAGGUGCAACGUGUGCGGCAUGCAGUUUUCGCAGUCGCCGCAUCUGAAGAACCACGAGAGGAUCCACUCCGGCGAGAGGCCCUACGUAUGCGAGGUCUGCGAUAAGUCCUUCGCUAGGCAUUCUACUCUCUGGAAUCACCGCAGGAUUCACACCGGGGAGAAACCAUACAGAUGUGAUAUAUGCGGAUCCUGCUUCAAUCAAGCCACGCACUUGAAGAACCACGCCAAGGUGCAUUCCGGCGAAAAACCGUUCAAGUGCGACAUUUGCUCCGCCGGAUUCUCGGAUCGAUUCGCGCUGAAGCGGCACAGAAACAUCCACGAGAAGUACGGACGGACAAAACCGAAUCCGACAUCUUCCAGUAGCGACGACACCGCUACCAACAACACCAGCACCGAUUCGGUGAACGCCUCCACGGUUACGACGGUCGCAACGACCACCCAAGACGGUACCGACCACGAGGAGAUCAUCGAGACGAAGUUCGUGGAGAAAUUUGAGACUGUCGAUUCCAGUAACGAGAUGGGGGAGGAAAUGUCGGACAUUUCCGAGUUACAGGUCCAGCUGCAAUGAGAGAGAAGACGGAGAUUUGUAAAAGAGUGAAUCAAAAACGAUUAUUUUCGUAUAAAUCAAUUUUUCUCUUUUUUUAUUGGUUAAUUAAAUUUCUGUGAAAUUAUUUUUAGUUAAGAUUUAUUUUUCUAUAUAUCGGAAGACUUAUUUUUUGCAUGUCUAAUUGCUUUUAUCGUUGAUACUUUUAACGUGAAAAGUAUGAUUUUGUAUUACGUGUAGGUAUAACAUUCUAAUGGAUAAUAGCAGUAGAGCCGUAGCCACAAUACAGGAUGUUACUUUGGCUAUAAAACCGUUUUAGUCGCCAUUCGCUUUAUUAAAACGAGAUAUUUUUGUAUAUAUUUUUCUCCAUAGUCGAUAACCCAAGCAAUUUUCAUUUUAUGUGACUGUUUUAUGAUUUGUGUCAUAGAAAUAAACAAUCCAUUGCUUCAUA